GUGAAGAAAAGGGAAGCGAUAAUGUUUACUAGAGGAAUAAAAUAUCGAGUUUGUGUAUUACUGUAUCGUAUUACUAUGGGGAAUUUAAUCGAGCUUUUCUAAAAUAUAUACACAAACUAAAAUACACGUAUUACAAUUAUAAGCUGGAGUUGACAUAUUAAGUGUGGAUGUCACUACUGACCAUGUUGGACUACGCUGACGUGAGUUUGAGCCCGGAGGAGCGGGUGCGUGCUCUGACCAAGAAGGGCAGCACCGUAGACGUGAACAUGGCCGUGCCAGCUCGUCGCUACUUUCGCUCGGGCAUGGAAAUAAUACGCAUGGCACAUGUCUACGCUGAGGAGGGCAACCAAGAGCACGCAUUUGUUCUCUACAACAAAUACAUCACGCUUUUCAUCGAGAAGCUCCCCAAACAUCCCGAAUAUAAAUUAUCCAACAUUCCUGAGAAGAAGGACACUCUUAAGAAACUGAAGGAGGUGGCAUUCCCUCAGGCCGAGGAGCUAAAAAAAUGCCUUCUCAAGAGGUUUGAGAAAGAGUACGCUGAGUAUCUCGCCAAAAAGCGUGAGGAAGAGGCAGUGAUGGAGCGCGAGCAUUCACGGCAGAGGGAACUGGAGGCAGAGAAGAAGCGUGUGGCCGAGCUGCAGAGGAGGCACGAGGAGCAGCAGCAGUUCACCGUGUUCGAGGAGAUGAUCCGGCGUCAGGAGCUGGAGCGUGAGCGCCAGCGCAUCCUGCAGGAUUUCAACACACCUGUAUCCCCUCCCCAGAAUGCCCCCCUCAUACCUGGCAUCCAGGGCCCACCUCCGCCUUACACCGCGUCUCCCACACCACCUCAGAGCCCGUCAUACCCUUCCAACAAUCACAGUGCGUCAUCAGGGCCAGCCACACCCACUCCUACCCCGACCUUUGAUCGUUCACUUAAACCGAGUUCUCUCAACAGGCCAGUCAACAGCACAUCGGUGGAUAAAUUGAGACAGGUUUCCGUUCCCGCUGAGCUCUGCAAUAAGUUCUUGAACUUGGCAAACAGCAACACCAUGAGAGCCGUGGAGACGUGUGGGAUCCUCUGUGGUCGUCUGAACAGGAACGCAUUUACUAUUACACAUGUAAUUGUGCCUAAGCAGUGUGGCGGCCCUGAUUACUGCGACACUGUGAAUGAGGAAGAGCUGUUUCUAGUGCAGGACCAGCACAACCUCAUCACGCUCGGCUGGAUACACACUCACCCGACUCAGACAGCUUUUCUCUCCAGUGUUGAUCUGCACACUCACUGCUCCUACCAGCUGAUGCUGCCUGAAGCCAUCGCCAUUGUCUGCUCGCCCAAAUUUAACGAGACUGGCUACUUCAGGCUGACGGACUACGGUAUGGAAGAGAUUUCUACCUGCACACAGAAAGGUUUUCAUCCUCACCCUAAAGAACCUCCUCUCUUCGUUAAUGGCAGCCACGUCAUAAUCACAGAAGGCACCGUCUCCAUGCUGGACCUGCGCUGAUCUGCACCAACACCACAACUUGGUACAAAUGAAGCGCUUCAUACCUGAGCAACAGUUCUAUUACCCUUAACCUGCUACAUGGAGGGCAUAAGUGAGAGGAUGAUCAAUAUUACAGGUGGUGGGAUUUGAAGAGAUGGUGCAGAGAUGGUGUCUGUGCUUUCGAUUACGCAAAAACUCAACAGAGAAAGAAGCCUGUACAGCAUUCAGCUGGGAGUUCAGGGACGUACUUGUAUCUGUACGGCUGUAACAUUAACACACAAACACACAGCUAUUUAAAAACUGACUGCUAAGUGUUUUAAUUCUGUGUUGGUUUUUUUUGUUAUUGUUCAUUGUUGCUAAGACUGAAAAUGGAGAUCGUUCACACUAACGCAGCUCAUCUGUAAAUAAUUAAAGCAAAAUAAUUGUUUUAAAACUGA